AUGUAUGAACGCUCGAAAUCCGGCAUCUACUCUAACGAGCAAACCCUGAGCCGGGUCCCGUCAAAACAAACUCCCACGAGCCUGCCCCAGCUGAACACCAACGUGGCUUAUUCCAACAUUCAUCCCUUCUCAGCAUCCUCAGGCGACACAAACAGCACCCGCAGCGCGCAGAGCCCCCAAGACCUCGCAACGCGCAAUGCCGCCCCUUUCUCUCAACAGCCAUCGAUGGUCCUCCCUCCACUGCAAACUGCAUUUAGCCCUGCCAGCCAGAUCAAUAAUCCGUUCGCCUUGCCCACGGACGUCACCUCCGACGUGAACAGCGCCGCCCAAUACGGCGCCGGAACGAUGCAGACCAUGGACACGGUGACCAGCGAUCGCUCGCGCAUGCCCGAUCCAAUCUACAACCAGUCCGAGCUUGCGCGCCAGGCCUCGACAGCCUAUGACCCGACCAGAAGAGCUGUGUACCGGGCCUCGGAGCUGUCGUCCAUCUCUUCUGGGUUCGGGGACGGGGACAUCAUCGUGCCGCCGCCACCAGCAGCGCUGCAGCAAGGUCUUGCGCCUCGGCCCGUGAGCUUCGCCAAGUCUGUGGUCAACCGGAGCGAGGAGGAGAACCGCGGCCAGAGGGACACUGUAUAUACCACCACGAGCGAAGACAUGCCGCCGCGAUACAGAUCGGUCAACAGCUGGGUGAACCAGCAGACGGGGCGCAUCCAGAGACAGAAGCAGAGCGAGGACGACGAGGACGUUCCUCCUGUGCCGUCUCUGCCGGCCGAGGAGAGAUACACCAUGAUGAUGGACGACGAAGAGCCCAGGCGGUACGAGGAUAUCAUGUCGCCACAGCCACCGGUUCCCGCUCUGCCGACAAAGAGCGAGGCUGAGCAGCAGUCUUCCUAG